CAGCGCGCAGCAGCGGCACAGACGUCCGCUUCCCCCGGAUCCGAAGUAGAAAAAGAUCAGAUUUACGAGCGAAAUGGCGACAAAGAUCACGUCUUAACCCGAACCAGAGCUGCAGUCAUGAUGUCCGACUCUCUGUACGAGAAGUUCUUGGCCCCGGAGGAGCCUCUGCCCCCGCACCGGCCGAGCCUCAGCGACGUGGGCACGCUCGACGCCACCGACUUCGCCUGCCAGCUGUCCUCCUGCCACCGCACCGACCCGCUGCACCGGCUGCACAACAGAUGGAACCUGACGUCGUGUGGCACCAGCGUGGCGUCGUCCGAGUGCAGUGAGGAGUUGUUUUCGUCGGUUUCCGUGGGCGACCAGGAGGACUGCUUCUCCCUGUUGGACGACCAGGACCUGGCGUCUCUGGACCUGUUUCCUGAAGGCAGCGUCUGCAGCGACGUGUCCUCGUCCAUCUCCACCUACUGGGACUGGUCCGACAGCGAGUUCGAGUGGCAGCUCCCGGGCAGCGACAUCGCCAGCGGCAGCGACGUUCUCUCCGACAUCAUUCCGAGCGUGCCCAGUUCCCCGUGUCUCUUCUCCAAACGGAAACCCAAGUCGCAGGCGCACCGUAACCUCGACGACCUGCCCUGGAGCGCCAUGACCAACGACGAGCAGGUGGAGUACAUCGAGUACCUGAGUCGGAAGGUGAGCACGGAGAUGGGCCUGCGGGAACAGCUGGACAUCAUCAAGAUCAUCGACCCCAGCGCCCAGAUCUCCCCCACGGACAGCGAGUUCAUCAUCGAGCUCAACUGUCUGACGGACGACAAACUCAAACAGGUGCGCAGUUACAUCCGUGAGCACAGCCCGCGGCAGAGGGCGAGCACCAGGGACAGAGAGAGCUGGAAGAGGAGCUCCCACAGCACCCACAGCGCCCACAGCGCCCACAGCACCCACAGCGCCCACAGCACCGGGGCGGGGAGCAGCAACGCCAGCAACGCCAGCAUCAUCAGCUCUGCCAGCUCCUCCACCGGGUCCACGGCCUCCAACUCUGUCACAGGUCCGGCGUCGGCCUGUAGUGGGAGCAGUGUGACAAACAUCAGCCGAGCUCACAGUGAUGGAAACCUGUCGAGCGCCGCCGAGAGGAUCAGAGACUCAAAGAAGCGCUCCAAGCAGAGGAAGCUGCAGCAGAAGGCUCUGAGGAAGCGUCAGCUGAAGGAGCAGCGUCAGGCGCGGAAAGAGCGACUCAGCGGUUUGUUCCUGAACGAGGAGGUUCUGUCGCUGCGGGUGACGGAGGAGGACGACCACGCCGACGACCUCGACGUGCUCAUGUGACCAACGUGAACCAAUCAGUGCUCCCGCUAGGCCUGGCCCCGCCCCCCACCCCCCCAGGACACGCCCCCCGCCCGCUCAUCCCGACACUACACACCACACUACAGCCCUGAGUCAGAUGCCCUCCCACACUCCUACUGCUGAGGACUAAGAGACUAGACCGGAGACUAGACCGGAGACUAGACCGGGGACUAGACCGGGGACUAGACCGGGGACUAGACCGGAGACUAGACCGGAGACUAGACAGGGACUAG